AUGGAAGUACCCCGCGCUUGGAUGGGUUCUGAACGCAGUUCAAAAAUAGAAGAAACAUUAGUAGCUCCAAACAGUUCACCAGUUUCCUUAUCUGGUAAUGUUCUUCCAGUGGCGACAGCGACUAGAACAACAAAAGCUCCAGUCAGAAAGAAAGGCAGAAAUAAGUUAGUCGAUGAAUUAGGCUUUCGCAAUCCUGGACCUAAAAAUGUGGUGACUAAUGUUAGUUCGAGAAGAAUGAAAAAUAUACGACGUAAUUCAACACAAGAAAGAACAGGUCGAAGUCGUCCAGUAUACGAUAAUGUUGGUCUGUUAAUCAGUGAUAAAAGUGAUCGUUGUGAUUGCAAUAGAAAAGCUUGCCCAGGUUUGAAAAAUUUUGUAUAUGCUCGGAGUAAAAUGUUUGCACAAACUUAUAAAACAUAUGAUGGUAAAAUACCACAAAGAUUAACGAAUAUGAAUUCUCGUCAAACAUUAUCAUCAAAGUCUGCAAACACAAUCCGACAAAAUCAUCAACAAUCGACACCACUUGACUGUAGUUUAACAUCAAUCGAAUGGCUACCCAAUAUGAAAAUUGGAAAACCAAUCACAUCGGCAACACCUCCACCGCCACCGCCGCCACUUUCAAUGAUGACCACGGCUAAUAUGGAUGAAAUAUCCACAUCAACAUUAAAUCGACAUAAUACUGUUCCAAUUAGCUAUAAUAAUCAAGAAUUAACAAAUUACUGUGACGAUUAUCCAAUAUCAGAACCAACUUUUAUGUCAAAUCCAACUUUAACUAUGCAACAGCAUCUAUCUAAUGGUUUUAUACAACAUCAACCUUGUGAACAAUAUCAGAAACCACCAUGUAGUUACGUAUCUCUAAUUCGUCGAGCUAUAUUGAGUACACCAAACCAACGAAUGACACUAAAUGAAAUUUACCAUUGGAUAAUUGAAAAAUAUCCCUAUUUCAAAAAAGCCCCACCAAAAUGGAAAAAUUCAAUUCGUCAUAAUUUAUCAUUAAAUAAAUGCUUUAAAAAAGUGCAACGUGGUACAAAUGAUCCUGGCAAAGGAAGUUAUUGGACCAUUGAAGAAUCGGAAACAAAUUCGACUAUACGAAAACGUCACCCUGAAGAUCAGAUUCAUUCUCAACAACAAGUAUGUUCGGGUCAACCACAAGCCUCAAACACUUCUACAGCCUAUUACAACAAUCCAAUGAUUUAUGAUAUAAAUAGUGUUGGUGGACAAUCAUCUUCUACAGAUGAUUCAGAUUCACCAGCUGGUCUAACGUCAAAUUGUCAAUGGAUGCCUGAAGAUAUAAACAUUGAACUAACAGCAUCAUUUCGUCGAUUUCGCGAACAAGUUCUUGAUUCAAACAAUUCGUUUUCAACUGAUUUAUUUCCACAUGGAGAUAGUUUCAUUGAAAGUGUUAAAAUGGCCGGAAGUGGUGAAAUUAAUUGGAAUGAUAUUAAACUUGAACCAUAUUGUGAACUUCUUGAUACAGUUCGUGCAAGUUCAACAUUUCAAGAUCGUGAUCAAUUAAUCAAUUUGGCAUCAUCAUUAUCAAAUUUUUUCGAUUAUACAGGCAUUACAAAUAUGGUUCAAUCACGCACAAAUGAUUCUCGAUCAUUGAAUUGUGUUAUGAAUGAAUCAAAUGAUCUUAACUUUUGCCAUUUUAUUAUGGUAUAUGAAUAUCGAAUAUUUUAUAAAGUUGAUGAUGUUCAUCAAUGGGAAAGUUUAAAGUCUGGUAUUGAAAUACGAACGGAUAUUUAUUAUCUGCUAAGUGGUGAUCAUCAGAAUGAUUGUGGAUUGAAAUUACGUCGCGAAUCAAGCUUAGAAUUAAAAUAUCGAGUUGAAAAACGUGCAGAUAAUCAAGAAUUAUGGUCCAAAAUAGUUAUCAAAACAGUGGUGGGUGCUGAUAAUGAUAAUCAAUUGAGCUUUGAAACAUUUGAAGAUGUUGUUAAACAAUUAAAAAAAUAUAUGGAAAAAAAUAAUGAUAAAAAUAAUAUCAUCAAGAGUAUUAUUAAUUCAUUAGAAUCAAAUAAUGAUAUAAUCCUAUGUUAUGUGAAAAAGUUUCGUAAACAAAAACUACACUUACGAUAUAUGGAAGAGCACACAGGUCUUAUAGUGAAAUAUUAUCGAUUAUCACAGCAAGACAAAUAUAUUCAAUCAAUAUCACCUGAAUUAUAUUACGAAUCAAUUUGUGUUGAAAAUAGUCGACCAUUAGACACUAGUGCAAUGAAUAAAGUUAAUCAAUGUAAUGAUGAACAACAAAAAUGUUAUAUCCAAGGAUAUCCAGAAUUUUUGUAUGGGCAGUAUCAGCUGUUAAAAAAUGAGUCAAGUUAG